UGUGUGUGUGUGUGUGUGUGUGUGUGUGUGUGUUAACAUGGAAGGUCCGAAUAGAAAGAUACUGCUGGACAUGCUGUGUAGUGUAGGGGUCCAGCGGUGCCUCCCCCCCUCCCCCGGCAGUCCUCCCCCCUUCUCCAUCAAGGCCCAGCCUGCAGGCAUAGGGUUUGAGGACAUCAUGUAUGCCGGGGCUGCGUUGGGGGCGAUGAGCAGAGGCUCCUCUCAGGUGGACGGCCUCAAAGUGGAGGAAAGGAAGAUGGACAGACUGCUGUGUCUGGAUGGUGGAGGCAUUAAAGGCCUGGUGCUGAUCCAGAUGUUGAUCGCUCUGGAGAGAGAAGCCGGCCGGCCCACCAGGGAGCUCUUUGACUGGGUGGCUGGCACCAGCACCGGGGGCAUCCUCGCCCUCGCUAUCAUCCAUGGUAAGUCCAUGGAGUACCUGCGCUGCCUGUACUUCAGGAUGAAGGAGCAGGUGUUCAGGGGGUCACGGCCGUAUGAAUCCGCUCCACUGGAGGACUUCCUGAAGAAAGAGUUUGGAGAGAACACCAAGAUGACAGACGUCCGAUACCCCAGGGUGAUGGUGACCAGCGUUCUCGCUGACAGACAUCCAGGCGAGCUGCACAUCUUCAGGAACUACGAUCCCCCCUCCGUCCACAGGGAGCCCCCGUAUGAAACCACUGCCACGUUCAAGCCCCUCACCAUCCCACAAGGAUGGGAGGAUGAGGAUGUGUUGGUAGUAGGAUACACAGCGGAGCCAACCAGAAAGCGUAGGAAGGUGACGGAUGAAGAACAGCUUGUGUGGCGCGCUGCCCGCUGCAGCGGUGCUGCCCCCACUUACUUCCGACCAAUGGGCCGCUUCCUGGACGGAGGGCUGCUGGCCAAUAACCCGACGCUGGACGCCAUGUCAGAAAUCCAUCAGUGCAACAAAGCUUUAACAGCAGAGAGUCGGGGAAAGGAAAUCAAGAGGUUGGGUAUCGUGGUCUCCCUCGGGACAGGUAAACCUCCUCAGGUGGUCGUGAACUCUGUGGAUGUUUUCAGACCCUCCAACCCUCUGGAGUUUGCCAAGAGUCUGGUGGGAGCCAAGGAGCUGGGCAAGAUGCUGGUGGACUGCUGCACAGACUCAGACGGCUGUGCAGUGGACAGAGCCGGAGCCUGGUGUGAAAUGAUCGACACCAUCUACCACAGAUUGAGUCCCCAGCUGUCUCAGGAGGUGAUGCUGGACGAGGUGAGUGACGCGGUCCUGGUGGACAUGCUGUGGGAAACCCAGAUGUACAUGUACGAGAAGAGGGAGAACCUGCAGGCUCUGGCGAAGGGACUGCUGGACAAAUGACAGGCUGACAGGAAGGAGAGCAGGAGCGCAGAGGAAGGAGCAGCAGAGGAAGGAGCAGGAGAGGAAGAAGGAGCAGAGGAAGGAGCAGCAGAGGAAGGAGCAGCAGAGGAAGGAGGAGCAGCAGAGGAAGAAGGAG